AUGUUAAAGGGGCGGUCUGACCCGCACGUAGGUCUUAAAGGCCUCUGGCUUCUGAAGGCUUCUGACAAAAUCUGUGUCCUGAUGUUGCUGGCUACGGGGGGUGGUUCCAAGGCGAGAGUGUUCGGAGGGAUGGGUAGGGGCAUGGCGGAAGAUAGAGAGAAGGAAGGGCGAGCAUGCGAGGGGGAGGAGGAAGGAUAUCAUCUGGCUUUGAGGAGUUUAGAUGUCUAUUUAGAGGAGCUGAGGGUUGUUUUCGAGCCCCCAUCAGAGAGACUUGGGGUUGAGGUGGUACUCGCAGCCGAAGUCCUCGCAGAGGCAAAUGGAUCUGAGGACCAUCAUCCUCUUGAGGAGGGCUUCAGUUCUGAUGCUUCAAGCUGCCGAAAGGAAGGGGCUCACACUGCGUUUUCGUAUGCCCACUUCUCCUCUGACAGGGAGGCUCAAUCCCUCCGAGGAGUGCUGGAGAAGUAUGCUUGGUUGUUCCCUGCCAGCAAGGUAAAAGGUCUUGAUGCCACAGUGCUCAUGCCUCUGAGAGCAGACUCCUCUGUGGUGAAGUGGCUCACACUUCAUUAUACGGUGCCCGUUUCUCCUCGGUGCCUUCAGGGGACUGUUCUGCCAACCCCACUACCCUUGGUGCUUCAGGACGCAGUGGUUCCCGCCAAGCUCAGGUCUCAGUGUCCACCCAGGGACAUUACAGCACUGGGAUGCUCGUCCCCUCCAAGGAGGUCUUUGGACAAGUCAACUCACUGUGAACAAGGUGAAGUUAAGCUAGUCACUCACUGUGAAACAAUUCCAGAGACUGUUGGGACCCAAUCACACAGAGGUGUUCCCACAGUUUCACUGUUUGUGACACAGCGACUUGUUCACUCUCAGGGAACCAUGGUUACAAUGGGUUUGGUGGCUUUCGCAAUAGAUGAGAUCAAUAAGAAUCCAAACUUACUGCCUAACAUCACUCUUGGUUACCAUCUUUAUGACAACUGUGUGAGACUAGGAAUGGCAUUUCGGGCUGCCAUAUCCCUAAUUAGUGGGACUGAGAAGUCCUUCUCCAACCUCAACUGCACUGGUCCUCCGCCAGUAGUUGGUAUUGUGGGUGAUCCAAGUUCAACUCCUUCCAUUGCGAUUUCCAGUGUUCUGGGACUAUUUAGAGUACCUAUAGUUAGUUACUACGCCACCUGCUCCUGUUUGAGUGACAGGAAAAAGUACCCCUCUUUCUUCAGAACAAUCCCCAGCGAUGCCUUCCAGGUGCGGGCUAUGAUUCAAAUCUUGAGGCAUUUUGGAUGGACCUGGGUUGGUCUCAUCUACAGUGAUGAUGAUUAUGGCGUCUACGCUGCUCAGUCCUUCCAGCAGGAAAUGCAGCUGUUUGGACAUUGUGUUGCUUUUUCUGAAAUCCUACCCCAUGAUAACAACCCCAGAGAUAUCCAGCAUAUAACAGGUGUGAUUCGGGCCUCUACAGCUAGAGUGGUGGUUGUUUUUUCCACUUCAUCCUUUUUGUUACCUUUGAUGGAGGAGGUGGUGUCGCAGAACAUGACAGGCAGGCAGUGGAUUGCGAGUGAAGCUUGGGCCACCUCACCUGUAUACCACACACCACGUUUACUGCCCUUCUUGGGGGGCACACUGGGCAUUGCCGUUAGACGUGGAAAGAUCCAGGGGCUUCAUGACUUUUUGCUCCGUAUUCGUCCCAGCAAUGAACCAAGAAAUAAUAUGCUGAGGAUCUUCUGGGAGAACAUGUUCGGGUGCAGUUAUGAAACUGGGGGUACGGUGAAAGAUGGAGAGCAAGUGAAAAAUGUAUGUACAGGAGAGGAGGAUCUGAUCACCACAAACACACCAUACACUGAUGUUUCUGGGUUGAGAGCAGCUUAUAAUGUCUAUAAGGCAGUUUAUGCUCUGGCACAUGCGCUUCAUGACCUGAUGCAGUGUGAGGAGGGGAGAGGACCAUUCAGUGGGAACAGCUGUGCCGACAUAACAAACCUGAAACCCUGGCAGCUGGUUCACUACCUACAGAAAGUGAACUUCACCACAGGUUUUGGGGAUCAUGUGUCAUUUGAUAAGAAUGGAGAUGCUCUGGCCAUCUAUGAUGUGUUGAACUGGCAGCCAAGCUCUGAUGGAUCAAUAAGGAUCUACACAGUUGGUGUAGUAAGUGAAGGAGUGACAACAGGGAUAGUGCUCACACUGGAUGAGGAUGCGAUAUACUGGAACUUUGAGACAAAAAAACCCCCAAGGUCUGUGUGCAGUGAGAGCUGCCCCCCAGGCACCAGACGAGCCACACGCAAGGGCCUUCCUGUCUGCUGUUUUGACUGCCUGCCAUGCGGAGAUGGAGAGAUUUCAAACACAACAGAUGCUAUUGAGUGCACAACAUGUCCAGAUGAGUUCUGGUCCAGUCCAGAUAAUGAUCAGUGUGUCCCGAAAGAAGUAGAAUUUCUGUCCUAUGAAGAUCCUCUGGGCAUCUCUCUGACCACUGCAUCUCUUCUUGGCACUUGCUUUUGUGCUCUUGUGAUGAUCGUCUUCACUCUUCACCGUAACACUCCCAUAGUUCGUGCCAACAACUCAGAGCUCAGUUUCCUGCUGCUGGUGUCACUCAAAAUGUGUUUCCUGUGUGUGCUGCUGUUCAUCGGCCAGCCGCAGUUAUGGACGUGUCAGUUAAGACAUGCUGUGUUUGGCAUAAGCUUUGUCCUGUGCAUUUCCAGCAUCCUGGUCAAGACUAUGGUGGUGAUAGCCGUUUUCAAGUCAUCUCGACCAGAGGGCAAAGGCGCUAUGAAAUGGUUUGGAGCAGUUCAACAAAGAUGCACUGUUCUGGUCCUAACAGCCCUCCAGGUUGUGAUAUGUGCAGUCUGGCUAUCAACUGCCUCUCCAACACCACAUAAAAACAACCAGUAUAUCCGAUCUAAAAUAGUAUAUGAAUGUGCUAUAGGCUCAGUGGCUGGUUUUUCUAUGCUGUUGGGAUACAUUGGACUGUUGGCAGCAGUAAGUUUCCUGUUAGCCUUCCUGGCAAGAAAUCUUCCAGAUAACUUUAAUGAAACAAAGUUCAUCACAUUUAGCAUGUUGAUCUUCUGUGCUGUGUGGAUUGCGUUUGUUCCAGCAUAUGUAAGCUCACCAGGGAAAUAUGCAGUAGCUGUGGAGAUAUUUGCCAUUUUAGCUUCUAGUUUUGGAUUACUGGUGGCCAUAUUUGCCCCAAAGUGCUACAUCAUCCUUUUACAUCCAGAGAGAAACACUAAAAAUGCCAUCAUGGGAAGAGAAACACAAAAGAAAUAG